ACCUGGCUCACCUGAGCGAACGCAUUCCUCGCCGUCGAACAGUCGUCUCUAGCCAUUCGUGCAAGUAGAGACGCCAAUAUGACGUAAAGCUGCAAAACGAAUAAAAGUGAUAUAUGCAAAGUACUACAAAGAUAUUGUCAUACUUUUAUGGACUCUCUGAAUAUAUUUAUUAAACAUAUGUGAGUGUUGUGCAAAUAUUUUGAACGUUUUUGUGCCGGUUUUGAAUGUAUUACAUGUGAUACUUGAUGUGAAAUUACUCCAGGGACGAUUCGAGAUUACGCAUUCAGGACAUUUCACUCGUUUACCGAUGAUGAAGAACCACAAGGAAGAUUUAAAAAAAUAGUAUAGUUGAUUUGAUUUAAUUUCUCUUGGACAAGUGUUAAAUAGUUUUCCUCUAUACACAAUGAUAAACUCAAAAACAUAGCAUCACCUGCCGAGUGUUCAGAAUCAAGAUCUUUGUUAUAUCUCCGGAAUGGCGCGCAGAGUCGCAAGUAACCACUAUGUGGCGACACAUAGCUCCCCUGAGGGAUAUUUAGUGAGAAAUGGUCAUUCGAAUGUUGCCUACAGCACCGAUGGCGAAGACUCCCAUAGAGCCGCUUCUGAGUAUAUGAUCUCAAACGAACGAAGUUUAUCUCCGAACCCACGAAAGCCUCGAUCGUCAUCCCACCAGCACCUGAACCACCAUCACCACUCGAGUCAGCAAGCGCUGUCGGUGCCCUCAGUGCACCGGCACGGUUCGCACACAGCUCUCACGCCCAGCGGUGGACCACCGUCGAGACCGCCACCCAGGGCUCCUAGCCAACUCAGCUUCGGCGAUAAUGGAUCCGAUAUAUAUGUUACUAGUGCGGCCUACAAAGCACCUUCGGAGAUCAGCCGUGGGUCGAGGUAUAGUCAGCCGGCGCGCAGCGUGUAUUCUUACCGGAGCGGAGCGGCGCCGUCUGUUGCGUCGACCCGGAGGACACGUCGAUCCGCGGGUGUCAAGGCGGAAGCUAUGGUCGCACCUAAUCCGUUCUGCCCAAACGUGAGAGGAAUGUGUUGCCUCUUGCUACUACUAAAUUUGGGACUGAUACUUGUCACAUUGGGUUUCGUGAUUGUAAUUCAAUUCUUCGAACCACUUUUUGUCUGGAUACUGGGCAUAGUGUUCCUCAUAUUCGGCUUCUUGACGCUGAUAGGCUCCCUUAUCUAUUGUGUGGUGGUGUGCCGAGAAUCUCGAGGUCCGCGAGACCUUAAUCCUGAAGAACUUUAUUGGACGCACCAUUGGCAGAAGAGUAUUGGCCACACGCCGAGUGCCCAUGGCUAUAGCAAGCACAGUGGCUUGGACGAGAGGGACGGCUAUGGCAGCGACAGAUAUAGCACUGCCAAAUAUUCGGAUAGGGACAGCACUAGAUACUGAAAAUUAAGGAAAAAGAGGUAUAUAAAACCAACGAUAAUUAGUUGGAAAUAGCAUUUCCAAUAAACUUGCGAAAAGGUAAAUUUGAGUGCCAAAAGGUACUUGGGUAUUCUAGUGUAGAGCGAUGAAUUUUAGGUCAUUUUUAAAGUGUCGUAAAAGAAAGCAAUUGUUUAUCAAUAUUAUUGAAAUACGAUGCAAAAAUUUAAAAAAAAGUUGAAAAUUGAAGAAACUGGCAGCUGAUGAAGUGGGGGGUCUCAAAAAAUUGGCACCUCAGUCUUGACACGAUUUCACCUCCUAGCCAUCCGAAAUAAAAGAAAUAAAAAGAUUAUUAAUCUACAAUGAUGUCGCAAUCGCCCGAACCAGCGAUGA